GCCUAAUUUCCGCAUUCCCAAAUCCUCCCAGAUUGGGAUCACGUUUAAAAUCGGGCUGAUGCAACGAUUUCCACUUUUUAAAAUCUACUCUCGACCCUCGGCUGACCAGAAGAAAGGACAUUUGUUGCACCUGGGAUCAAAGUCAGCUCUCUGAUGGAAAGAGAAAGUUACGUAAGAAAAAUGCCGCACUGAAGAAAAACUUCCGCUUUCAAGUUGACCAGUGGCUCCAGUGUGCAUGCUUCACCACAAUGUUGUCGAUUACACAGCUGUGGUCACGACCGAGUCUGACACGAUGCCAGGACAAAUCCCAGAUCCCUCUGUGACAGCAGGCUCCCUGCCCAGCCUGGGCCCACUGGCUGGGAUCUCAGCCACCACGCUGACUGACAAGCUCAAAUUUGGUGACCUCCAGGAGUUUGGGACAAUGCUGUCACCUCUGCACUUCCUGGACAGUCUGGGGAAAAGGCCUCUAGUCAUCAAAACAGAGAGAGAUGAAGAAGAAGAGAGGAGGAAACGAAGGCGGGAGAAAAACAAAGUGGCUGCAGCUCGGUGUCGAAACAAAAAGAAAGAGAGGACAGAUUAUCUACAAAAGGAAUCGGAGAGACUAGAGAUGUUAAACUCUGACCUUAAAGCGCAGAUUGAGGAGCUGAAGCUUGAACGACAGCAACUGAUCCUCAUGCUGAACCGCCAUCGCCCCACGUGUAUUGUCAGGACAGACAGUGUCAAAACCCCGGAGGGCGAGGUGAACCCCUUGCUGCAGCAGCUGGAGGCCAAGUGAAGGUGCUUGCGACUUUCUACAGUUGACGGUUGAGAAAGAAGCAGCCAACUAGCAGCACUUAGCUUUGGGCCUCGGCCAUUGAGGGGAACCAGCAAAGCCCUCCUACCCUAAGACACAGCGCGUUACAGCACAAAAUGAGGAUCCAGUAUGAUUGGACACUGUUUUGGCAGUUAAAUCUAACUUUUUUUUUUUUUUUUUUACAUCUCUCUCUCUUUUGCUUCCCCAUUUAGUUCGGUCAUUUUGGUCAUCAGAGCUCCAGCCACUAUUAGUAUUAAGUUAAACAAAAACACAACUCAUUAUCCUACAUUCCUGACAUUCAGUUUGUAGUUUUAUAGUGGAUUUGUACCAUAUCUGUUCUUAACUUUAGCCUUUAGCCAAAACGGAUUUUUACGCAGCUAAAACUGAGUGUGGUAGCAGAAAAAAAAUCCACUAUUGAAAACCUAAAAAGUUAAUGUGAACUCAGUAAUUUCAAUAAUUCAUUUGGUGAUUUACAAUUAGGAUUUAUGUUAUGUAUAACUUAAGGGAAGUGUAGGCUUAAACUGUGCUACAGUUUUAUAACUGUAUGCAGCCAAGUUACAUAGAACUGUUGUUUCAACAGCGUCUCAGUUGCUGUUUCCAUGUGAGGCAGGUGUGAUGGCCCAAAAGAACAAAGGAUAUGUGGGAUCAGGCUAUAAAUAGAUUUAAUGAGGGGUUGCAACACUUCUCUGUCUUUAUGCUAAGGAUUGUUUUUGCUUGUUUUGGCUUUGUUAAAAUGCAUUCUGGGAAUCAUUUGAAUUUUAACUGAAAUCUUAAUAGAUUGAUGCAUUUCAUAAAAUAUAUUAAAUAAUAACUGCGGAAAUGCAUUAACCAUCAUACACUAAGGAAUGAAGUUACACCUACAGACACAGUCAAGCAUUUUUACUAUAUUAAAAACCCUUCUGUCAUUUUUGUUCUUUCAUACAUUUGGUGGCAGAGCAGUUGACCCCCCCCCCCCCCCCCCUUAUUCCUAUGUUUUGGCGCAGGCGUCAUGUAUGCACAUAUAUAUGAACUGUUUACAUCAAUGUACUUUAUGUUCUGUUACCAUAUUGUUACUACCAAUUAUGUUUAUGUUUUUUAUACUUUUGUAUAUGAUGUUAUAUAAGCAUAUAAGCUAUCACAAAAUCCCAUUUUGUACUUCCUUAAGAAAUAAAUGUUUAGUUUCUUUUU